AUGUUGUUGCUAAACAACAACAACCAAAACAACAACAGUCCAGCAUCAGCCUUUGGCAAGGACUCUGGCAGCAGCAGCCUGGAAACUGAGACCAUGUUCUACCCAGUUUUGAAACCCGGGUACAAUGGGCCAUCCGCAGUGGUCAGGCAUCACAAGAAAACCCAAGGAAAAUCGCCAGGCAUCAAGAACCAGCAAAGGCCAAAUAAUGAUGAAGGCAGUUGGCAGCAAGAAGUCAGCAGUGAAGCCCCUGUCAGCAGUCAGGGUUCUCAGUCAAUUUUCGGUAAGGGUGCUGGUUCCGGGUCCUUGGAGGAUGAGGAAGACUCUUCUGAACCCGGGAGACCCUUGACGAGAAAACAUAAUAAUGGCAACAAUAACAAGCGCAUGUUUGGUGGGGCUCGUCAUCCUGAAUACAAACAGCAAGUGAAAAUAACCAAUAUCCAAGAUGAACCCCGAGACGAAGACAUCCGAGGUCCACCAUACACCAUCAUCUCCCCCAAUUCCGACUCGUCAGAGGACCCAGAAGAAGAAGAAGAAGAACCCCAAGAACCCUCUUCACCAAUCCCUCGCAACCCUGGGCGCAAAAGCAGCGGUAAUUACGAAAGCCACCGAAUCCGGCAAAAAAUCCGCCAGGAAUCCGCCUUCAACAGCAACCCGCAACCCCAACGUCAUCGGGCGCCAAAUCACGCCAACAAAGGCCGCCACGGCGGCGGCAACAACAGCAGACGACCACCAGCACCGACGCCGCCACAAUCCUCAGGUUCUUCUUCUUCUGCUCAUCGCCCGAAUGGGGAUGAAUGGGCUUUAAGAGGGUCGAAUAAUAACCAGCAACAGCUUGGGGAUCCAGUGGCGGCACAAGAACCCGGGGUUCGGGAUGAGGAGAUUUCUGAACCGGAUUCCGGGAAUGAUUACGAAGAUGAGGGCAGUCAGAGGAGGAAAACCCCAAGUGCUGGACCCGCCGGGUUGCCGGCAUUUGAGUUCAAUUUCGGGUUCCAGGAUUUUAGAAUCAAUGGGAUCCUAGUCACCCGAUUGUUGGUGUGCCCCAACAAUUGGGUGACCGGACCACAGUUUGGUGGGCUGGGGAUUGGAGAGACCAAGCACUGCCCUGGCUGGCAAUUGGAGGGACCGGCAUUUGACGGCUGGCGGGGUCCGGAAUUCGAGCCAGACGAAGACUACCAGUUUGCCGACGCCGACGAGGAAACCCCGUCGUCACCAUCAGGGAUCCAUUCGCCACAUGGUCUCAGGAAACCACAACCACCACCACCACCACCAAGCAGGCGCCAACCAGCACCAUCGAGACCAUCACGUCCCGCGCUGGAACAAAACUUCAAGAGACCCAUAGUACCAUCGAUCCCGAUCGUGGUGGCCCAAGAUUUACCGGAAGUCGUGGAGCUGCCCAAUUUAGUUCCGGACAUUGAAUACGUUUCCUUCCUGCCUCCACCGACGAGUGUAGACCAGAAUCCUCCUUCGACACCUUCCAGGCAGCACAAUUACGUCAAAGACCAUCACGUUAACACACAUUCUUAUUCAGACCAUAAUAAUGCAAGGGAUAAGGCUGAAUUUGGUCCAGAUGUGCCCCCCAGGCACGGGUUCAGCGAAAAACCCGGAAAAACGUAUCAUUUCCCGCAAUCCGCAUUCAGCUACUCAUCCAAGUCCAAAUACAACGACCCAGAACCCGUCAAACCCGACGAAAAAAAGCCACACAGGUUCAACUCCCUGAUCGAAAGCCACCCUGAAACCCCGGGUUCGACUCACACCGAUGAGUCACCGCAUCCAGUCACGGAACCCGAGCCAGCGCACCAAGCCAUACCAGAAAAACCCGUGCCCCCGGUCAUCAGUGCCAUUCGACAACGAGUGCGAAACCGGCUUCCGAGCACCGAAAACAAGUCAAAGUCGUCCAUUUCUUUCCAAUCCGUGACGACGACGACUUCGUCGACGGUGAGAAGUCAGGGGAUGUCGACAACGUCUUCACCAGCAGGAAGCUUAACGACAACGACACCGACAGUGACGACGUCGACGACGCCGAGACCGUCGAGGGCGUCGGCGUUUGAGCGGUAUAAGAAUCUGAGGCAAAAGUAUUUGUCCAAGUUCAAGCCAACCAGAGGAGGGUCUUCUGCUGAGGAUGAUUCUGAUGAUCAUGAUGGCAAACCGGAAGUAUCUGUGGCAGACAAGCGCCGGGAUGACCCACAACCCCGACCCAACUACCCGGGAAAAACCAAAACAACCACAACGGCAUCACCAACAACAACAACGACAACCCCAACCCCACCACAAGCAAUAACCAGUCCCAAUAGCCCACUGGGAAGGACUCGGUUCGCACCCACCAGAGGUCCCCUGCGGCGGUGGAAACCCCAAAAUUCCGCUGCUGCGAAACCCGGAAUCAGUGUUACCAGCAGCAGCAGCAGCAGUACCCAGGCAUCACCCACAGCACCCCAAAGACCCGCAAUGUCGGCCAGGGAACGUCUUCAGGGCAUGUAUAGACGGAAGACAACGUCGUCGUCGUCAUCGACGUCGACGACAUCCUCGACAACGACUGAGAAGCCCGAAGUGGGAACAGAGUACAGUGUGAACGUGAAACCAACGGAGCUCCGGAUCGAGUCCAUCGACAUCGGUGGACCCAUUGACAGCGGGGCUUUGGAGUCUCCAGUCGUUGGCAACACUGCCGAUUCUUCAUCACACAACAAUAAUGACGACAAGGAUGGUGACAAAUCUGAAGAUCAUCGAUUUGACGACAGUGAAUCGAGGAUAUCCCACGACGAUGACGACAACGACGACGAGGCUCUAUCCAUGACACUGUCAGUGCCACCGACAGUGUCAGGAAGUCGACGGAGCAGUUUCUUCCUAUUGGCUCCAACUUCAUCUCAAAGCACAGAAGUGAAAAUAGACCUUUUGCCACCGCAGUGUUUAGAAAUGCUCCUGGAUGAUUCAGACGGAUAUGCCAAAGUCACGCAGCAGCGAAUGUGA